UCACUGGAUCUCCGAGGGGUACAGAAGUCUCAGUGGCUCCCUGGGCCGGCCUCGGACGGUGCUGACAGCGGGCGCCCCCGGCGGACCACCAUCACCCUCUUGCACUCCGUCUUGGCUCGGGGUCCCUGGCGCGCUCUCUCCUUGUCGCCCGCGCUCGCCCUCUCGCCCUCUCGCCGGACGCGCGCUCCCGCUGGCUCCAGACCUGGAGUGCGCCUCUCCCGCGAGUCGGAGGGGCCCCUCGCAGCCUGCAGAGGCAGCCGGCCCCGGGCGCCGAAGGCCAGGGCAGGGCCCCGGUGCACCGCAGAGUGGGCUGUGAUUGGAGGAAGAGCCCGUGCCGGGCGGGCGCCAGCGGGUACAGAGCAGGUGCCUCCCGUCCGCCCCGCGCGCCAAGCUGCGCGCACUGGGUCCCGAAGCGCCCGCGGGCGCCCGGCAGGGGAGCGCACGUCCUUUCGGAUGCAAACGUCCGGAUCCGGGGCGUCUGACGCCGCUGGGAGGGCAGCGAGGCCCCAGGUACCUAUUACACCAUUCCUUGGCGAAGGCUAUUCAGCAGUGGUGACCUCUUCCACUCCAACACUCUACAAAUUAUUAUCUCUGGACUCCCAGCUGACACCCUGCCGGAGGCAAAAGCUACUAAGCCAACUGGAACUGUGCCUUUUCUCUUGUCAAGGUUUUUUUCUUACACAGGAAAAAGAAAGAAAAAAAAAAAGAUGAAGUUGGGCAAAGUGGAAUUCUGCCAUUUUCUGCAGCUAAUAGCUCUUUUCCUGUGUUUUUCUGGGAUGAGUCAAGCAGAACUCUCAAGGUCCAGAUCAAAGCCCUAUUUCCAAUCAGGGAGGUCCCGGACGAAGCGCAGCUGGGUGUGGAAUCAGUUCUUUGUGCUGGAGGAAUACAUGGGUUCAGACCCCCUCUAUGUAGGAAAGCUUCACUCUGAUGUUGAUAAAGGAGAUGGUUCCAUCAAAUACAUCUUGUCAGGCGAAGGGGCAAGUUCCAUUUUCAUUAUUGAUGAGAACACUGGGGAUAUUCACGCUACCAAGAGACUGGAUCGCGAGGAGCAGGCCUACUACACCCUCCGAGCUCAAGCGCUGGACAGGCUCACCAACAAACCCGUGGAGCCCGAGUCUGAGUUUGUCAUCAAAAUUCAGGAUAUCAAUGACAACGAACCCAAAUUUUUGGAUGGUCCAUACACUGCAGGAGUUCCUGAAAUGUCUCCUGUGGGAGUCAUCAAGACUGCCCUUCCAAACAUGGAUAGAGAGGCUAAAGACCAGUAUUUGCUUGUUAUUCAGGCAAAGGAUAUGGUUGGUCAAAAUGGAGGACUUCUAACUUACAAAGUAAUUGUAUUGAUCAAGAUCAGUCAAUAUUUGCCACUGUUUGAUGAAGUUUACCAGGAACUGGAUUUUGAAGCCAAAACAAGUUACACAUUACGGAUAGAAGCUGCAAAUAAAGAUGCCGACCCUCGCUUUCUAAGCUUGGGGCCAUUCAGCGACACGACAACCGUGAAGAUAAUCGUGGAAGAUGUAGAUGAGCCCCCCGUGUUUUCGUCACCUUUGUACCCCAUGGAGGUGUCAGAAGCCACCCAAGUUGGGAAUAUCAUUGGCACCGUAGUGGCUCAUGACCCAGAUUCUUCCAACAGCCCUGUGAGGUAUUCAAUUGACAGAAACACAGACUUGGAGAGAUACUUCAAUAUUGAUGCCAACAGUGGAGUUAUUACAACUGCCAAGUCUUUGGACCGAGAGACAAAUGCUAUUCAUAAUAUCACAGUCCUUGCAAUGGAGAGCCAGAAUCCAUCUCAAGUAGGAAGAGGCUACGUGGCCAUCACUAUACUUGACAUUAAUGACAAUGCCCCUGAAUUUGCCAUGGACUAUGAGACCACUGUCUGUGAAAAUGCCCAGCCAGGGCAGGUCAUCCAGAAAGUCAGUGCGGUUGAUAAAGAUGAGCCAUCCAAUGGACACCAGUUUUACUUCAGCUUAACAACGGAUGCAUCAAAUAAUCACAACUUUUCAUUGAAAGAUAACAAAGACAACACAGCCUCAAUACUAACCAGGAGGAAUGGCUUCAGGAGACAGGAGCAAUCAGUCUACUAUCUGCCGGUUUUCAUUGUGGACAGUGGAUCCCCUUCACUUAGCAGCACCAACACCCUCACUAUCCGUGUCUGUGACUGUGAUGCGGACGGCAUAGCCCAGACCUGCAAUGCGGAGGCCUAUGUCUUACCUGCCGGCCUCAGUACGGGAGCCCUGAUAGCAAUACUCGCCUGUGUCUUGACAUUAUUGGUGUUGAUUCUCCUCAUCGUCACUAUGAGAAGACGGAAAAAAGAGCCCCUUAUUUUUGACGAAGAGAGAGACAUCAGAGAAAACAUCGUUAGAUACGACGACGAGGGCGGGGGAGAGGAAGACACAGAAGCUUUCGACAUGGCUGCGCUGAGAAACCUCAAUGUCAUCCGAGACACCAAGACUCGGAGGGAUGUGACUCCAGAAAUUCAGUUCCUGAGUCGACCGACUUUUAAAAGCAUCCCAGAUAAUGUCAUUUUUAGGGAAUUUAUUUGGGAAAGACUGAAAGAAGCCGAUGUUGACCCCGGCGCUCCCCCGUACGAUUCUUUGCAGACGUACGCGUUUGAGGGCAACGGCUCCGUGGCCGAAUCCCUCAGCUCUUUAGAUUCCAUCAGCUCAAACUCUGAUCAGAACUACGACUACCUGAGUGACUGGGGACCUCGUUUUAAACGACUUGCAGACAUGUAUGGGACUGGCCAAGAGAGCUUGUACUCAUAGCCUUGACACCUUACUUUGAAAUGGACUGAAGAAAAUGUAUCAGCAAAAAAAUCCCCAACUACUUAGAGAAAACAAGAACUCCACUUGCUGGAGAAAAAUGGUUGUAAAUAUUUCUUCGUUUUUAACUAUUUAGGUUUCUGCCUUGGUGAAGCAUAUCUUCAUUAGACUUACCCAAGGGACUUCACUGACCACAGACUCUGAGCAUUUGAAGGUUUUUUGAUAAAAAGAAAUGCUUAGUGGUUUGUGAAUAGAUAGCAACUCUCAUAUACCUGCAAAGGCACCCAGCCUCUAUGAGUAAGUAGUGCCCUGUGUCGUCAGUGAGUCAAGGAUGCCCUGUACAUACCUUUAUGGUACUGUC